UGAGUAGCUCUACCAUCCCCGCGAAAAUAGUUAAUACUUCCGCCAUGAGAAUAUAAAAGCAAUUUUUAAAAACUCGAAACUCAUUAAUUAAAAAUGUGCUAUUGCGAGUAUGUGAGAGCUCUUUCUAUUUCUGUAAAUAAACUACAGAGGGAUUGGUCUAAUCAAAGCUUUCAGGUACUAUCAUAAAUAUGGCGAAAUACCUGCAAAUAUCAGAAGGAUGUAAAUUGAAAUGGAGAAGUUUACGCGACGUAUACCGAAGAGAACUAAAGAAGUACCAGUCCCGACUAAACGAUCCCAAUAUAACAGACAAAAAUUUACCGAGGUGGUUUUACUUCAAAGAGCUCCAGUUCCUCACAGAACAUUUAUCGGGUCUCGAGGGUAUAGCCGAAUCACCUCAAGAAACCGAAGAAUAUUUUGAGUCGAUGUAUGUGAAAAGUGAACCCGAUUUGCUGGACGACGAGGAGAUAACAUUGGAAGCGGACGACGAUAUCCUUCUAACCUUAACCGACAGCAAAUUGCAGAACGAGGAUAGGCGCAAAUCUGAGUAUUGCUUUCAAAUCGCCGAUACCGGCCAGCUGGAAGAAAAUCAGUUCGAGAGAAGUGUUAAGUAUUACCGGGAUACUUCUAAAAGAUCUCUGGAUAGCAUAUACGAAGACAGAAGCAGGAAACGAGUAAAAGCAGUGGAGAAAAAUGACAGGGAUGGGGAUAGUGAUUACCACUUUUUAAUGAGUUUGUUGCCUUUUUUGAAGACUAUACCUCAACGCAGGAAAAUGAUUGUAAGAACUAAAAUUCAGAACAUAUUUUGCGAAGAAAUAGAAGCAGAGGCUAAUAGCUCGUAGGUUUUUCAUGUUAUAAAUGUUUGUUUAUGUAUUUUGGAAUAUUAAGCAGAAAUAAAUUAAAUAUAGUUAAUAAAAUUGUGCAG